CACACACACACACACUUUGAACCCUGAAAGGAGUAACAGACAAGGUCCCAAGGAGUUACCAAGUUACAAUGUUCAUAAGACUUGCUCCACCACCCUAUUUCUGAGGUAUCCAUCUGCAGAGAGCAGUGAUCAAAGGGGUGGGUUUCUCUUUGGUUUCAGUCAGGGGAGACAUUAAGGCUUAGAGGAGUGUGUGGAAAGGGGGUCAGAGUUGUCUCUGAGAACACGCCCUCAUGUUUUCCUCCCCACAUCUCAUUUCUCUGAGGGUCUGAAAGGGGAAGAGAGGUAACCACAUAGAGUGGCUUGUCAUCUUCAUUUAACAUCACUUUCAUCCUUGGGAGUCCUGGUAUCUUCUCUUCCCAGGCCAUGUUUUCCUCAGGGACUCUGCCAUGUUCUCUCCUGGCACUCAGAGGGCUUCCCUGAGGACACUAUGCCUCUGUCCUCCCCCAAGUCCUCACUCUCCAUGACUCCCACCCCUAGCCUGCACCCACUUGUUCCUGCUUAUCUCUGGCUGCCAUCCAGCCUCCCAGUUAGCCUCCUAUUUACUCACUUCUCUUGCCUGAUUGACUUGAGGGCCCUAUCAGUACCAAAGCUUUAUCUUCCCCUCUGAAAACCGUCGCUGAGUGGUUGUAUGAGAAGUCACAGCCCUAGAGGGAGAAGAUCCUCCACCCACCCAGGUGCACAGAAGUCUGGGCCUCCGAGAUAAGGGAGGAGGAGUGGGAGGAGGUGUUGACAGAGGACACCAGCCGGGCUCUGCAGCUGCUGCUCCUGAGGAGACUCCUCGGCAAACAUUCAUCUCCAAAGAGGGAUCAGGCGAGUAUGGCAGGGCCCAUGAGACACGCUGACCCCAGCCUAGAAGAUCCACACCACCCUGCCUCUCGCUCUGCCACCUGCCCCAUGCCUCAUCUCAGGCCAGCUGCAGGGUAAUGGGGAGGCACAGAGUCACUCAAAACCUGUCCAAGCAGUCCCUUCUAAGGGUACAAAAGAAAGAAGAAAGGAAGAAAGGGAGGAAAAAAGGAGAGGGAUGACAAAACCACAGAAAGCUGAAAAAUCCCAAACCAAAUAAUUCUCCAGGAAGUGAAACCCUCAUGGUCUUGUGGAAUCAGGAAAUGGAGACCUCUGGCCUUAGUCACACACAGCCUGAGUCCCAGGCCUCCCCGCUUUACCCCUUCCCUGCCACAAGUAGUUAAAGAGCCCUCAGAACCUCAAGGAGCCCGGCAAAGCCGCGUCUCCAUGUUUCCACUUCCUAGGUGAGAAACCCGGGAGACCUCGAUGGACUUGGGGUAAGCACGUUAGGAUAGACAUCACAGGCCUGGGCCGAGGCCUCACACCCCUGCCCACCCCCAGACACCAUCCUCCACUGGUGACUGGAAAGAAUGUGGGAUGGCUAGGAACCAAGGCUCAGCUUGGGACCGCAGGGAGCUAGGGCCCGGAUGUGAGUGCUUUACUGUUGUUUCUGGCAGGGGUCAGAGAAAGUAAUCUGGCCAGUGAGCCAGCAAACAGGACGAGUUGCCACCUCCCAUCUCAAUUUCAAACCCUAACCACUACCCCACCCCUGCCCAGGGACCCAGGAUCUCAACGUGCUGCUCUCCAGCUGUCUCCACAAGGACGACGCCCUUCCAGGACUGAAUUGAUCCAUAAGCUCCCAGGGUGUAGCCACCAGCUGCUCUCAGCCCUCUCAGAACACAGGCUACAGAUUCGUCCUCCACCCUUGGCAGGUCUUCAGGGCUCCCCAUUCCACCUGGCCUGAGAGCAUCCUCCUCCUCCAGGAAGUUGGCAUCAUGGGCUUGUCAGGUGACCCAGGGUGUGGCCGAAGGAGCCAGGAAUCUCCACUAUAUAGCCUAGCUUUCAAUCUGGUCCUGCAGCUCCGGGACCUGCAGGCAUGGGAUCCCUGUGGAGCUGGUGGGCCCUCUGGGCCGGAGCAACCCUCCUGUGGGGGUUGACCCAGGAGGCCACAGUGAACUCCAGGAACACUGGUGGGGAAGAAUUCCUCACGGCCUUCCUGCAGAAUGACCAGCCGGGGUACGGCACGGCCUCUCUCCGCCUCUUCAUCUCCAGUCUGUCAGAGAGCAUCACCUCUGUCACCAUCCUCAGCCAGGCGGAUGACACCUCCCAGAAGGUCACAGUGAAGCCUGGGGAGUCAGUCAUGGUCAACAUCAAUGCCAAAGCAGAGAUGACUGGCGGCGGCACUUUCCGGCAUGCAGUAGUGGUCCACUCUGACCACCCCAUCUCUGUGCAGGCAUUAAAUGCUAAGCCCAGAACAGCGGAGCUAACCUUGCUCUGGCCGGUUGGAGCCCUGGGCACAGAGUACUUUGUGCUCACACCCCCUGGCAUCUCUGCCCAAUAUGCAAAGGAGUUUGCUGUGGUGGCUGGCGGAGCAGGUGCCUCGGUCACUGUCAGCUUAAAGGCAGGAGUGACAUUCCAUGGCACUUUCCAUCCAGCUGGUAGUGUAUUAAGUGUGACUCUGCAGCCUUAUGAAGUAGCCCAGCUACAGAGCACAUCAGAUCUCUCCGGGUCAAGGGUCACAGCCAGCAGCCCAGUGGCUGUUCUUUCUGGCCACAGUUGUGCCCAGAAGCACACGGACUGCAACCAUGUGGUGGAGCAACUGCUACCCACAUCUGCCUGGGGAACCCACUAUGUGGUCCCCCCUCUGACCUCCCAGUCCCGCUAUGAUCUAGCCUAUGUUGUAGCCAGCCAGACCACAAAACUGACAUACAACCAUGGGGGCACCAUUGGCUCCCGGGGCCUCCAAAUGGGUGAUGUGGCUGAGUUCGAGAUCCGGCCGACCCGGCCACUCUACCUGUCUGCAGAUGUGGGCAUCCAGGUUAUGCUUUUUGGCACGGGGGCCAUAAAGGACCAAGUGACCUAUGACCCUUACCUGGUCCUGAUCCCAGAUGUGGCAGCUUACUGCCCUGCCUAUGUGAUCAAGAGUGUGCCAGGCACCGAGGGUGUGGCCCUGGUGGUCGCACAGACAAAAGCCACCAGGGAGCUAACCAUGGAUGGGCAGGCAUUGGGAGCCAAACUCACGUGGGUGGCCGUGCCAGGCAGCGAGUUCUCCUAUGCGGAAGUGGACCUCGGCACUGCAGACAAGAUGCACACGGCUGAGGCUUCCACCAGCUUUGGGCUGCUCACCUUCGGGCUGGCCCAGGCUGUGGGCUAUGGGACAGGAGCUGCCUGUGGACAGACUCGGCUCUCCCCAGCAGAGGCUUCCUGCCAAGGCAUUCAGUGUACAUCCGGGCAGCGCUGCCAGAUGGUGAGUGGGAAGGCCAGGUGUGUGGCAGAGUCCACAGCUGUCUGCCGCGCCCAGGGUGAUCCCCAUUACACCACCUUCGAUGGCCGUCGCUAUGACAUGAUGGGCACCUGCUCCUACACCAUGGCUGAGCUGAGUGGAGAGGAUGAGACCUUGCCCGCCUUCAGUGUGGAGGCCAAGAAUGAGCACCGCGGCAGCCGGCAAGUCUCCUACGUGGGCUUGGUCACAGUCUACGCCUACAGCCACUCGGUGUCGCUGGUUCGUGGGGAAACUGGCUUCGCCAGGAUUGACAAUCAGCGCUCCCGUCUCCCUGCCUCCCUGAGUGAUGGUCGCCUGCGUGUGUACCAGAGUGGGACACGAGGUGUUAUAGAGCUGGACUUUGAGCUGGUGGUCACCUAUGACUGGGAUUGCCAGCUGACACUAAGCCUGCCCAAGCGCUUCCAAAACCAGGUGUGGGGGCUGUGUGGCAACUAUAACGGAGACCCUGCCGACGACUUCCUCACACCUGAUGGGGAACAGGCUCCGGAUGCCUUGGAAUUUGCAAAUAGCUGGAAGCUGGAUGAUGGGGACUACCUGUGUGAUGACGGCUGCCACACCACUUGCCCCUCCUGCACUGCAGGCCAGACCCAGCACUAUAAGGGAGACCGUCUCUGUGGCAUGCUAACUCUGUCCACAGGCCCCUUCUCUGCUUGCCACGAAUUCCUGGACCCCAAGCCUUUCCUGGAGGAUUGUGUGUUUGACCUUUGUGUGACUGGAGGGGAACGCCUCAGCCUGUGCCGGAGCCUUAGCGCCUAUGCCCAGGCCUGUGCAGAACUGGGUGUCUCUCUUGGGAACUGGAGGUCGCCAAGCAACUGCCCCAUGUCCUGUCCAGCCAACAGCUGCUAUGAUCCCUGCAGCCCUGCCUGUCCAGCCUCCUGCAACUCAGAAGCUGCACCGGCCAACUGCUCUGAGCGCCCUUGUGUGGAGGGCUGCGUGUGCCUUCCAGGCUUUGUGGCCAGUGGUGGCGACUGUGUGCCUGUGUCAUCCUGUGGCUGCACCUUCCAGGGCCGCCCCCUGGCCCCAGGUCAGGAAGUGUUUGCUGACGACCUGUGUCGGCAGCGCUGCACCUGUGAUGCGGCCACCCAGAAGGUGAUCUGCAGGGACACAUCAGGAUGCCCUUCUGGGGAGCGCUGCCGUGUGCUGAACGGCCUCCUGGGUUGCUACCCAGACAACUUUGCCAGCUGCCAGGCAUCGGGAGACCCGCACUACGUGAGCUUUGAUGGAAGACGCUUUGACUUUAUGGGGACCUGCGCGUACCUGCUGGUGGGCUCGUGCGGCCAGGAUGCCGCGCUGCCUGACUUUAAGGUGCUGGUGGAGAAUGAACACCGAGGAAGCCAGACUGUGAGCUACACCAGAGCUGUGCGGGUGGUGGCCCGCGGUGUCGAGGUGGCUGUGCGCAGGAGGCACCCCGGAAGAGUGCUGGUGGAUGGCGUCCUUCAGUACCUGCCCUUCCAGGCUGCAGGCGGGCAAGUUCAGGUGUUCCGCCAGGGCAAUGAUGCUGUCGUGCGCACAGACUUUGGCUUGACUGUUACCUACAACUGGGAUGCUCGUGUGACUGCCAAGGUGCCCAGUAGCUAUGCUAAAGCUGUGUGUGGGCUCUGUGGGAACUUUAAUGGGGACCCAUCUGAUGACCUGGCUCUGAGGGGUGGAGGCCAAGCUACCAGCGCACUGGACUUUGGAAACAGCUGGCAGGAGGAGGUUAUACCUGGCUGUUCAGCAACUGACCCUGGCGACUGUCCCCAACUGGACUCCCUUGUGACCCAGCAACAACAAAGCAAAAAGGAAUGUGGGAUCCUUGCUGAUCCUGAGGGUCCCUUCAGGGAGUGUCACAAGUUGCUGGACCCCCAGGGUGCUCUACGUGACUGUGUCUAUGACCUCUGCCUGCUGCCCGGUCAGCCCAAGCCACUGUGUGAUGCCCUGGCUGCAUAUGCUGCUGCAUGCCAGGCUGCUGGGGGCACUGUGCAUCCCUGGAGGAGUGAGACGCUUUGCCCCCUGGCCUGCCCACCUCACAGCCACUACGAGCCGUGUUCCUACGGAUGCCCGCUGUCCUGUGGAGACCUGCCAGUGUCCCAAGGCUGUGGCACGGAAUGCCGAGAGAGCUGUGUCUGUGAUGAGGGCUAUGCCCUCAGUGGUGAGUCUUGUGUGCCUCUGGCCUCCUGUGGCUGUGUACACCAGGGCACGUACCACCCACCAGGAGAAACCUUCUACCCUGGGCCUGGAUGCGAUUCUCUUUGCCACUGCCAGGAAGGUGGCCUGGUUUCCUGUGAGCCCUCAUCCUGUGGCCCACAUGAGGCUUGCCAACCAUCCAACGGAGUCCUGGGCUGUGUGGCUGUGGGCACUACCACCUGCCAGGCAUCAGGAGAUCCUCAUUACAUCACCUUUGACGGCCGCCGCUUUGACUUCAUGGGCACCUGUGUGUAUGUGCUAGCGCAGACUUGUGGAACCCGGCCCGGCCUACACGAGUUCACUGUCCUGCAGGAGAAUGAGGCCUGGGGCAACGGGCAAGUCAGUGUGACCAAGGCCAUCACAGUCCUGGUGGCCAACCACACCCUGCGACUGGAGCAGAAUCAGUGGAAGGUCAAGCUUGGAGAGUGGAGGAAGCCAGACUUCUGUCCUUUCCAGUGUCCCGCCAACAGCCACUACCAGCUCUGUGGGGACUCCUGCCCUGUGAGUUGCCCGAGCCUCUUGCCCCCAGAGGGCUGUGAAACCACCUGCCGUGAGGGCUGUGUCUGUGAUUCUGGCUUUGUGCUCAGUGGUGACGCCUGUGUGCCCGUGGGCCAGUGUGGCUGCCUCCACAAUGGACGCUACUACCUGCUAGGUGCCACAUUCUACCCAGGCCCUGAGUGUGAGCGGCUCUGUGAGUGUGGGCCAGGUGGCCAGGUCAGCUGCCAGGACGGUGCAGACUGCGAGCCCUAUGAGGAGUGCCGGAUAGAGAACGGCAUCCAGGCCUGCCAUCCCACUGGUUGUGGCCACUGCCUGGCUAAUGGGGGCAUCCAUUAUGUCACCCUUGAUGGACGGGUGUAUGAUCUUCAUGGCUCCUGCUCCUAUGUCUUGGCACAAGUCUGUCACCCGAAACCUGGAGAGGAGGAGUUUUCCAUUGUGCUUGAGAAGAACUCAGCCGGUGAUCCCCAACGUGUGGUGGUUACAGUGGACGGCCAGAAUGUGGUCCUGGCUAAAGGGCCACAGGUGACUGUGGAUGGUGAAACUGUGGUCCUGCCUGUGACGAAAGGCCACGUGAGUGUGACUGCUGAAGGCCGAAACAUGGUUCUGCAGACAAGCAAGGGGCUGAAGCUUCUCUUUGACGGUGAUGCCCACAUCCUCAUGUCCAUCCCUAGUCCCUUCCGUGGACGGAUCUGCGGCCUCUGUGGGAACUUCAAUGGGAACUGGAGUGAUGACUUUGUGCUGCCCGAUGGAACAGUAGCCCCCAGUGCAGAGGCCUUUGGAGCUGAAUGGCGAGCUCCCAGCUCCUCUCUGGGCUGUGGUGAAGGCUGUGGGCCCCAAGGCUGCCCUGUGUGCUUGGCCGAGGAGACAAAAUCAUAUGAGAAAAAUGAAGCCUGUGGGAAGAUCCGAGACCCCCAAGGCCCCUUCAAAGACUGCCACCAGGUUCUGAGUCCCUUGGAAUACUUCCGCCAAUGCGUGUAUGACCUGUGUGCCCAUAAGGGCAACAAAACAUACCUCUGUCGUAGCCUGGCAGCCUACACUGCAGCCUGCCAGGCAGCUGGUGCAACCGUGAAGCCCUGGAGGACAGACAGCUUCUGCCCUCUGCAGUGUCCCGACCACAGCCACUACUCUGUGUGCAUGAGCUCCUGCCAGGGCUCCUGCGCUGCCCUCUCUGGCCUCACCCAAUGCACCACUCGCUGCUUUGAAGGAUGUGAGUGUGACAAUCACUACCUGCUCUCCCAGGGUGUGUGCAUUCCUGCCCACGACUGCGGCUGCACCUACAAUGGCCAAUAUAUGCCGGUGAACACCUCACUGAUGACCUCAGACUGCAGUGAGCUUUGUUGCUGUUCCUCAAGAACCGGCCUGACAUGCCAUGCAGCUGGCUGCCCAUCUGGCCAAGUCUGUGAGCUCCAAGGAGGAGUCCGGAAAUGCCAGCCUGCCCGUGGCCUCUGCUCCAUCUCUGUGGGGGCCAACCUCACCACCUUCGAUGGGGCUCACAAUGCCAUCAGCUCCCCUGGUGUCUAUGAGCUUUCUUCUCGAUGCCCGGGACUCCAGAAGACUGUGCCCUGGUACCGAGUGGUUGCUGAUGUCCAGCCUUGCCAUGGCAAUGACAAUGUUGUGGACAAGGUCCACAUCUUCUUCGAGGAUGGAAUUGUGACUGUGACCCAAAGCAAGGGCGUGUGGGUGAAUGGUCUCCGAGUGGAUCUCCCAGCUAACGUGUUAACCUCUGUGUCUGUGAGUAAGAUGCCCGAUGGCUCCAUGCUCGUCCAUCAGAAGGCAGGGGUCCAGGUCCGGCUUGGAAUCAAUGGGCAGCUGGAUGUGAUGGUUGGAGAUGACCAUGCAGCCCUGCUGUGUGGGGCCUGUGGAAACUUUGAUGGGGACCAGAAAAAUGAUGUGCUUGGCUCCCAGGAGAAGUGGAAAGCACAGGACUUCUCCUCAUGGUAUGGGAUCCCUAUGGAGCUGCUGGGCACUCUGGGCUGCAGCAUCCCUCCUAUGGGGGUCCACGGUCCCCUUCUGGACGGUCUCACUCAUUUCUGGGCCUCCUCUGGCCCCGCUGCAUUUGAGUUCCAGAGCACUGUGCAAAGCGCUCGGGUGUUGGGGCAGCGAAAGCCAGAACGGCGUGUGGAUGAGCGCCGCAUGAGGGUGACCCAGGAGGCCACAGUGAACUCCAGGAACACUGGUGGGGAAGAAUUCCUCACAGCCUUCCUGCAGAAUGACCAGCCGGGGUACGGCACGGCCUCUCUCCACCUCUUCAUCUCCAGUCUGUCAGAGAGCAUCACCUCUGUCACCAUCCUCAGCCAGGCGGAUGACACCUCCCAGAAGGACACAGUGAAGGGCAGGGAGUCAGCCACGGCCAGCGCCAGUGUCAAGGCUAAGGUGGCCAACUGCACACUUCCCAACAUUCUGUGCUGGUCCACUCUGAGCACACCGGACUGUGCUCGGCUCUCCCCAGCAGAGGCUUCCUGCCAAGGCAUUCAGUGUACAUCCGGGCAGCGCUGCCAGAUGGUGAGUGGGAAGGCCAGGUGUGUGGCAGAGUCCACAGCUGUCUGCCGCGCCCAGGGUGAUCCCCAUUACACCACCUUCGAUGGCCGUCGCUAUGACAUGAUGGGCACCUGCUCCUACACCAUGGCUGAGCUGCACAGCACCAAGAAAUCCCUGCUGGCCUUUAAGGUAGAAGCCAAGAAUGAGCACCGGGGCACCAACAAAGUCUCCUACGUGCGCUUUGUCACCGUGCGUGCCUACAACCACACUGUGUCCCUGGCCUAUGGAGAAAUAGGCAUUGCCCAGAUCAACUACCAGUACUCGAGCCUGCCUGCCUCCCUGAGUGACGGUCGCCUGCGUGUGUACCAGAGUGGCACACAGGGUGUGGUAGAGCUGGACUUUGGGCUGGUGGUCACCUAUGACUGGGAUUGCCAGCUGACACUAAGCCUGCCCAAGCGCUUCCAAGACCAGGUGUCGGGGCUGUGUGGCAACUAUAACGGAGACCCUGCCGACGACUUCCGCAUGCCUGAUGGGAAGCAGGCUUCUGAUGUCCUAAACUUCACCAAAAGCUGGAAGCUGGAUAACGGGGACCUCUUAUGUGAUGACGGCUGCUUUGGCAAUUGCCCCUCCUGUACCACAAGCCAGACCCAGUUCUUUAAGGGGGACUGUCUCUGUGGCAUCCUAACUCUGUCCACAGGCCCGUUUGCUGACUGCCAUGACUUCCUGGACCCCAAGCCUUUCCUGGAAGAGUGUGUGUAUGACAUGUGUGUGACCAGAGGGGAACGCCUCACCCUGUGCCAUGGCCUCAGUGCCUAUGCUAGAGCCUGUGCGGACCUGGGCAUCUCCGUCCGGGAAUGGAGGUCACGAACCAACUGCUCCAUGUCCUGUCCAGCCAACAGCUACUAUGAUCUCUGCAGCCCUGCUUGUCCAGCCUCCUGCAACUCAGAAGCUGCACCGGCCAACUGCUCUAGGCGCCCUUGUGUGGAGGGCUGCGUGUGCCUUCCAGGCUUUGUGAGCAAUCGAGGCCUCUGUGUGCCGGUGUCAUCCUGUGGCUGCACCUUCCAGGGCCGCCUGCUGGCCCCAGGCCAGGAAGUGUUUGCUGACGACCUGUGUCGGCAACGCUGCACCUGUGAUGCGGCCACCCAGAAGGUGAUCUGCAGGGACACAUCAGGAUGUCUGUCUGGGGAGCGCUGUGGGAUACAGAAUGGGUUCUUGGGUUGCUACCCAGAAUACUUCGGCUCCUGCCGGGCAUCUGGAGACCCGCACUACAUGACCUUUGAUAGGCGGAACUACAAUUUCAUGGGCACCUGCACCUACAUGCUUACCACCUCGUGUGGCCAGCACCCCUCCCUCCCGGACUUCAAAGUGAUUAUGGAAAACGAACGUCGGGGAAGCCAGAGUGUGAGCUUUGUGCAUUCUGUGCAGCUGGAGGUCUACGGAGUAAAGUUGGAGGUGCCCCGGAACUACCCAGGCAAAGUGCUGUUGGACGGCGUCAUUCGGUACCUGCCCUUCCAAGCCGCAGGUGGAAAAAUCGUCGCGUUCCGCAGGGGCAUGUACGCCGUCCUGCGCACGAAUUUUGGCCUGACCCUCAGCUUCAACUGGGACACCCAUGUGACCGCCAAGGUGCCCAGCAGCUACGCUAAAGCUGUGUGUGGGCUCUGUGGGAACUUCAACGGGGAGCCUCGUGAUGACCUUGGUCAGCAGGAUAAAGGGGAAGCCCUCGACCCUCGAGACUUCGGGAAGAAGUGGAUGGUCACAGAGAAGCCUGGCUGCAGAACGGACGAACAACUUCGGUGUCCCCACAUGAACAGCAAGUCAGUGGUGAAGAACAAAGAGAAGUGUAAGAUCCUGAGGGACAAGGAGGGUCAGUUCAGGCACUGCUGGAAAGUGCCCAUGUUCAACAGUGCCCUCAUAGAGUGUGCCUACGACAGCUGCCGCAUGCCAGGCCAAACGAAGCCACUGUGUGACGCGCUGGCCACAUACACCGCCAUAUGCCAGGCUGAAGGGAUCACUGUGUAUCCCUGGAGGAGUGAGAAGCUUUGCCCAAUGAACUGCCCUCCUCACAGCCACUAUGAGCUGUGUCAUCGAGGCUGUCCGCUGACCUGUGGAGACCUGCCAGUGCCCGGAGGCUGUGGCUCACAUUGCCAGGAGGCCUGUGUCUGUGACGAAGGCUUUGUCCUUAGUGGUGAGACCUGUGUACCCCUGUCCUCCUGUGGCUGCGUGUACCAGGGCGUUUACCACCAGGCAGAAGAGGACUUCUAUCCUGGACCCGAGUGCAAUUCUCUUUGCCACUGUCACAAGGGCGGCCUGGUGUCCUGUCAGCCCUCGUAUUGCAGCCCAUAUGAAGUCUGUAAGGUGUCCAGUGGCGUCCUGAGGUGUGUGGCUGUGAACUCAGCCACCUGCCGUGUGUCGGGAGCUUCCCAUUACACCACUUUCGACGGCCGCCGCUUUGACUUCAUCGGCACCUGUGUGUAUGUGCUGGUUCAAACCUGCUGGACCCGGCCUGGCCUGCAACAGUUCACAAUACUGCAGGAAAAUGCGGUCUCGGGCAACAACACAGAAGUCAGUGUGACCAAGAUGAUCACCAUACAGGUGGCCAACUACACCCUGAAGCUGCAGCAGAAUCAAUGGAAGGUCACGGUGAACGGCGUGAACAUGAAGAUGCCUGUGGUGCUGGAUGGGGGCAGUGUUCAGGCCCUCCAGCAUGGCGUAGAUGUGGUAAUCAAAACCAGAUUUGGCCUGCAAGUAUCCUAUGAUCUCAACAACAAUGUGCGUGUCACCGUCCCCCGUAACUACUAUAACUACCUGUGUGGCCUGUGUGGGGACUACAAUGAUGACCCCAAGAACGACUUGCAGAAGUCCGAUGGCUCACAGGCAGUCAGUCCCAGUGAGCUGGGGAACUCCUGGGCAAAGGCUGUGCCAGGUUCUUUCUGCAUGCCCCAGCCUGCCUGCAAACCGGGACAGGACUGCCAAGCAAAGUGCAGCCCGGCUAUGGAGAAGAAGUACCAUGGGGUACAGUUCUGCGGGCUGCUCAGCAGUCCCACGGGGCCACUGGCUGCCUGCCACAAGCUGCUGGACCCCCAGGAUCUCUUCAAAGACUGUGUCUUUGAUCUCUGUCUGAAUGGUGGGAACCUGAGCAUUCUCUGCAACCACAUCCACAACUACGUGAGCAUCUGCCAGGCAGCUGGGGGGCAUGUCAAGCCAUGGAGGAACAAAACUUUCUGUCCGAUGGAGUGCCCCCCUCACAGCCACUACGCGGUCCUGGCAGACACCUGCUCCCUGGGCUGCUCGACCAUCACCACACCUAUUCAGUGCCUGGAAACAUGCAGUGAGGGCUGCGAAUGUGACUCUGACUUCCUUCAGAGCCUCACGACCUGUGUGCCCAUGGAGAAAUGCGGCUGCCACCACAACGGGGUCUACUAUGAGCCAGAGGAGUCAGUUCUCAUUGAAAACUGCCAGCAGCAGUGUGUGUGCCACCCAGGAAAAGGCAUGGUGUGCCAGGAUCACAGCUGCAAGCCAGGGAAGGCUGAAGAAGAGGGCUGGAAGGACCGUAAGAGCUGGACGGUGGUGAAGAAUGCUGUGACAUGCUGUCUUCUGGACGCGCUGUGA